CGACCCGCUAUUCCUUCUGGUGGCCUGGGUGCGGCAUCCCCAAUUCCUUCCUCUUGCGACGGGAGUAAUCGUCGUCGUCGUCGUCGUCGCCUUCCAAGCAAUCGAUGGCCUUCGCCGCCAAUCCUUUGUCCCUCAGCGUCACGGACGCCGCCUUCGAAUCAUGGCUUCGUGACAAUGGCUACCUCGAGGUCCUCGACGACCGCGCCACCGCUGCCGGGGCGGCCUCCCCUUCCCCUUCCUCCUCCUCCGCAUCCCCCCUCCCUGAUCUCCUCCGCCCUAGAGCCAACGCCGACGACUCCUUAUCCGCCUUUCCAUACGCCUUCUCCUCUCUCCGAUCCUUCGCUUCCCUCUUCACCCUCAACCCCUUUGCUAAGCUCACCGCCGAGGAUCUCACCCGCAGCACCCCCUCGUGGACGCUCGAGUUCAUCGGCAGCGGAGACUCCUACUCGUGGCCAGCCGGGCCGUCCCAGGCCAGGAUGAGGGUGCAGGAGAACGUUCGCCGCUACGCCAGGAACUAUGCAGUGCUGUCUCUUCUCGUCUUCGCUUGUUCCUUGUAUAAGAUGCCGGUUGCGCUUUUAGGUUUGCUUGCGUGCUUGUUCCUGUGGGAGCUCGUGAGGUUUUGCAGUGGUAGGUGGCAUUUGGAGGAAAGGAGCCCUGGAUUGAGGCAGGUUCUAAUUUAUGCUGCCCAGCUUGCAACUGCAAUGGUACUCUACAUGUGCAACCUUCAGCUCGCUAUCGCUUGUGCAGUUGGAGUUAGCUAUGCCGCAAUGAUUUUCCAUGCAUUUCUGCGCAAGUUAACUCCGAGAUCCAUUGGCGGAGGUAAUCAGCAUAAAAGAUUACUACUGAAAAAGUAACAUGAAGUGCAAAAUAAAGUGGAAAAUUGAUUGUAAGUUUCUAACAUCCUGUGCUUGCUAAAGCUCUAAAAUUGUAUUUGCUGCCAUAAGCUGUUGCUACAUUAGUUUAGUUACAUGGAUAACUAUAGCUCAGAAUAAUAUCGAUGGAAAUGUAACUGAAGCCCCUAAGACUUCUGAAGUAUAUGUGCACAUAAGUGACAAUAUACUUUUAACUAGACUUUCGCAGGGAUCA